CAUGUUGGCAGUAUAAUGUUGGACGAAGCUCUCGACUGGGUUCAACACAUUAUGUCACGUGGUCAGAAGCUCCCUAUACCCGUGACCUGUUCAACGAUUUUUAACCCCUCGGCUUCUUCCGACGACAAAUUUCAGUUCUGUAGGACUCCUGAAAGUAAAAAGGGUCACUGCCGAUAUAUUCAACAUUGUUUACGGCGAGAAAUGUAUAAAGAUUAUCAAACUUUCUAUAACAAUUUAUGUAUCAUUAAAGGUCGUUAUGUUGGAGUUUGUUGCCCAGAUUCCCACUUUGAAGAGUCCACAACUACAAUCCAGUCUUCAACCUCACCACCACCUACCACCCCUUCAACGACGCCCUCAUCAACUUCACUACCACCUACCACCCCUUCAACGACACCCUCAUCAACUUCACCACCACCUACCACCCCUUCAACGACGCCCUCAUCAACUUCACCACCACCUACCACCCCUUCAACGACGCCCACACCAACCACAGAAACAUCAAGUGAAAGUCCAUUCGACAAAGAAUGUGGCCAAACUUUUAAAAAGAGAAUAGUGGGUGGUAUGGUGGCGGACCCAAAUGAUUGGAGAUGGAUGGCUGCUCUUCUCCGAGGAACAGUGGACUUCUCCGGCCAAUUCUGUGGAGGAGUGCUGAUUAACAAACAAUACGUUUUGUCUGCUGCGCACUGCGUAGAAGGAUUGGCGACCGAAGAAAUCAAAGUAAGACUUGGCGAGUACGACUUUAAUCAGACGGACGACGGAGUCCACGAGGACAUAGAUGUGGCAGAAAUCAAGAUUCACCCAACUUAUAAUCCAAGAACUAAUUAUUACGAUGCUUCUCUGUUAAAACUUGCUCGCCGAGUGCAGUACAGUUCCUAUAUUCGCCCAAUAUGUUUGCCUAAUCCGGGGAAUGAUUAUACAGGGGACCUAGCUACCAUCACAGGCUGGGGGACCACUUCUUUCGGUUUUCGGCUAAAUUUUGGGUCUCGUGGACUACUUUCAGGGAUAUCAGAUGUCUUGGAACGGUUUGUCCAACCUCAGCAAAAUGAUAAGCUCACAGAGACGUCUACAGAGCUGUCUGACUAUGAUUACAGUGACUAUGACGAAGAUUACGAAGAAGAAACUUCAGAAAUAACAAAUAACAAAAAAUUGCAGAACGUUGUUCAACAGUUGAUCAAAGCUGUAGGCGAUGUGUAUCCUGUCGCCUCGGGCAGGUCAGCCCUCAUCAAUCUUAACGCUCAUUCCAGUGAGAGGUUUCAGUUUUGUCGGACUCCCAACAACGAACCCGGUCACUGCCGCUAUAUUCAACAUUGUCUCUUACCUGAAUUUGUCACAGACUUUACAAAGUUUGUCAAAUACGUUUGUUUUAUUAACAGUCGUUAUGUGGGUGCUUGCUGUCCAGAUGACCACCAACCAGAAAGCAUACCGGCAGCUUUAACUACAACCACAAUACCGGAAAUCCAUACUCCAAUACAAGAUGAACCAGAUAAACCAUUUCGACCAAGCAGACCAGAGAAACCAAAUAGAAGACCAGGGCGUCCUAAUAGGAGACCAGGACGUCCUAAUAGAAGACCAGGGCGUCCUAACAGAAGACCAGGACGACCCUUCCGGCCAGGGCGUCCAAACAGACCAGGAAGACCUUUCCAGCCAGGGCGUCCAAACAGACCAGGAAGACCUUUCCAGCCAGGGCGUCCAAACAGACCGGGAAGACCUUUCCAGCCAGGGCGUCCAAACAGACCGGGAAGACCUUUCCAGCCAGGGCGUCCAAAUAGACCUGGAAAACCUUAUGAGCCUGAGGAACCUGAGCCAAUUCCACCAACUCUGCCUCCUAUAACUACAUCAAAACCCACACAGCCCCCUCCACCUUCACCAGAGCCGUCUAAUUCACCUUAUGAAGAAGAAUGUGGCCUUAACUUUAAGACGAGAAUAGUUGGAGGAAAGGAGGCAGAUCCUGGCGACUGGUUAUGGAUGGCUGCCCUGAUACGGGGACCAGCGGAUUUGACUGGCCAGUUCUGUGGUGGUGCGCUCAUUAACCGAAAUUUUGUUCUUACUGCUGCUCACUGUACACAAAGGCUUACAGCAGAUUCGAUCAAGGUGAGGUUGGGUGAGUACGACUUUAGUAAGACAAGUGAUAACUCUCCUACAGAUAUCCCUGUCGCUGAAAUAAAAAGCCACCCUAAUUUUGACAAAGUCAGAUACUACAACGAUAUUGCGCUGUUACGACUGGAAAAACCUGUGGCGUAUUCAGAUUUCAUCCGCCCUAUUUGUUUGCCAGACCCACGCAGUGAUCUUCGAAGCAAAUUAGCUACAGUGACUGGUUGGGGAACAGUAGCAUACGGUGGUGCUUCAAGCAACGUUUUGCGAGAAGUAAGCAUACCUGUCUGGGAUAACGAAGAGUGUAACAACACUUUUGUACAGACAAUUACAAAUGUAUUUCUCUGUGCUGGCUCUAAAAAUGGUGACAAGGACUCGUGUCAGGGUGACUCUGGAGGGCCACUGAUGUGGGAGGCUCCUAAUCGCCGAUGGACAUUGGUUGGAAUUGUUUCAUGGGGCAUUAGAUGUGCCGAGCCCAACUAUCCCGGUGUUUACACCCGAGUUACGGAGUUUUUAGACUGGAUCAAGGAAAACACUUCUUAACAAAACGAUUAUCGAUAAUUCCUUUCUACCUUAUUUGCCGAUUAACAAUGCUAGCUUUCUUUACUAACAAUUCUUUGAAACUUUGAUUAAGAGACUGUUAGUUAAUUGGCUGUCUGUUUGGUUCCUUUAAUUUAAUUUGCUUGGAGAUAUUUGAGAGAUUAAUCGACCAAUAUAGGCCUAUAUUGUGAAAGCUUCAAAUAAUCAGUAUUUUUACUUGUAGGAUUGAACACAGGUCACUUUUCUAUUUCAACCGGAAGACCUAAUGUUCUCUAAAACAUUUUCACCACAUUUUUCCUAAAAUCAAAAAUUGAAGCGGAAACUAUGUCUUAACCACGCCUAUAAAUAAUAGUCGCUCUAAGCCAGUAUAUUACUGUAAUAAGAGUCCAAUGAAAAACCUGCCUAGUACGAAGACAGAGAUUAGAGUGAAUUUGUUUUCAUCUCUAUAGAUGUUUGUGCAAGUUUCUUGUCAAUAAAAUGGACUCUGGUAAUUAUUUCGUUAUGAAAUAUUAAUCUUACGUCACAACUUGUAACAGCAAUUUCUAUGUUAACAAAAUGGAAUAGCUGAAUUCGUAAUUACAUUAACGAACUGUCUUGUGAAUUUUAAACACUGAAAUUUAAUAAAAAAUAGUUGUCUUUGUUUUCUUUA